CCCACGCACGCACACGCACACACACACACACACACACACACACACACCAAGAAGCAAUCAGAGAGAGGAUGAGGCUGGAGUCAAAGAGGACCAACUGGUUUCUCAUAACUGCACUUUCAGUCUCCUUAUCUUAAAAUUUGUUUGUAGCUUUGACAACAGGAAACUACCCAACCUGCCAGCCAAUCAGCGCAGCGUCCUCGACCAGCAUCCAGGAGCAGCUCCAAACACUCAUCAUCACUUGGAAGAGCUGGACGCAGCAGCUCCGCAGGGAUCUGAACAUCCAUGGAUUCAUCUCUUGGCUGGAUUAUACUUUAGAAGCGUUUCUCUCUACUUGAACUUGCAUUGCUAUCCAUCAUUCCCCAGCCACACAGUGAGUUAUAACCCGACUUGUAUACGUGGCUCGGUAUUGCGGUACUUUGCUGACGACUUGCAGUAUAAAUGCAUCGCUAGAAGAUCGCCUCCACUGCGCCAAGAAGACUCCCCGCCCUUUUCUGGAGCAACUUAAACCUCUUUACUAAUUCAAAUCACAGAUAUCUUCCCUGAAUACGUGCCUUCAAAUCUACACCACUUGUUUCGGAGAUUUAUUAUCAUUAUUAUUAUUACUUUAGGACUUUCCCUCUCCUUCCUCACUUCCACCGCUGCCCGUGAGUCACUUCAAACAGCUGCAUAGAAAAUGUCUGCCCCGGAUGCUGCUGCACCUCCAGCUGCUGGACCUCCAGGUGCCCCCGGUGCAGAUGGAGCCCCAGCCGGCGCCCCUGCGGGCCCACCCAACACCUCCAGCAACCGCAGGCUUCAGCAGACACAGGCCCAAGUUGAGGAGGUGGUGGAUAUUAUGAGGGUGAACGUGGACAAGGUUUUGGAAAGAGACCAGAAGCUUUCAGAGUUAGAUGACAGAGCAGAUGCUCUCCAGGCCGGAGCCUCCCAGUUUGAAAGCUGCGCAGCUAAGCUAAAAAACAAGUACUGGUGGAAGAAUUGCAAGAUGAUGAUCAUGAUGGGCAUCAUUGGAGUCAUUGUGGUUGGAAUAAUAUUCUUGUACUUCUUCUACUGAGCUCCUACCAUCAUCACAGAUGAACUCAAACUUAAGGAUAUCAUUACAGGGAAGAGGAAAAAAAUGAAAAAAGAGUCACUCCUCCCUUCUAUCAGCCUUUCUCCCUCUCUUCACAGUCUUCCAUCGAACCAUCCUGCAUCUUAACAAUAGUGUUGCUACAUGUGUAUCUGCUCUCUUCAUUCCUCUUUCCCCACCUUCUUUCUCGCUGCUGUCUCUGACCGUUUCUCCACGAGGUCUCGCUCACUCUCUGCAGCCUCUGCACCUCAUGUAAUAUUGAAGGCAGCAGCUGGCAGACGGAAACCAGGAGAAAAAAACAGAAAGAAGAAGGGAGAAGGCAAACAGAGCUCAGAGAAAAUAAGGGGAAAUUGAACAACCAUUUGCAGUCUUUCUACUCCAGACAUGGCAAAGCUUGUUCAUAACAUUUUUGUUUUAAAGAGACCUGCAUUUGUACAUUUAUACAGACAUGCCAAACUAAUAACCUCCGUUCAUCAAAACUGCUUCAGUCAUUGGUUAUUACUAACAUGUUGGAUUAGGAGUCCAGUCAUUUCUGUUGUUUUUCCACAUGUGCAAUUGUGAUCAACCGCGCUGCAGCUUUUACCUGAUAGAAUUUUAACAGUUAUUUAUUCCACUUCCUGUACAACUUUCUCUCACCUAACUCUCAAACCUCUGCAGGGAUGAAAAGAGAAAUGCAAAAAAGGGAGAAAGCCUGUGUGAGACAUUAAGCCAAAAGGGUGAUUCAGGAAAAAGAAGUAGGAGUAUCGCAGCAUAUUUUUCUGCAUAAAUACACGCAACUUGAGUCAUAGCGUACAGGUAGAAAGAGAUGAAUCAGUUUUCACGUGCCCCUGGGUUUUUCUACUUUAGGUGGUGGCAUUACAGUCAUUUGUACAGAAAGACAGACACACAAAGCAGCUACUGACAGACAAUCUGCACACCUGAAAGAACCCAGAGAAAGGCCUCUUAACUCUGAUUGGCCAGAGUCGCAGCCAUAGACAGAUGAAUGUGUAGCGUUGCAUUUCGAGCAACGCAUUUUUGAGAGCAGACUAGUCAGAGUUUUUCUUCUUUUCAGAGAGCAGGAGAAGCGAGGACGGGAUUAGGAUACCCCAGAACCAUGUGGCCACCCCCAACCCCCCGCUGACUCACAUAAAACCAGACUCACCUGUUACCUGCAGUACGAUAACAGCCAGUAAGAGGCAUUCGUUUCUAACCUGCAUGGCAAACGGUAUCCAUAUUCAUAUCCAUAUGUGACCUGUGUAUCUGCCAUUUCUUAAUCUUACUGCCGACUGUAUAUUUUCUUUAUUUAGUGGUUUUAAAGACAUGUGUAAUGUCUUUUUGAUCAUAUAAUUACUGCUUAUGCAAUGUGCAAUGCAACUAUGCUCACGAGAAAAUUUGUCACUUGCUUUUGAGAAAAAAUAAACAUAAUUCUCAAGGACUGCAACCAACUGUAGUAAAUCCUUUUAGGAAUCAUGUAGUUAUUAUAGGAGAGCCACUGUACAUACAUGCCCGUAAAUGCUCCUGAAAAUGUGUUUAUAUCAACUUCUUCAGGUUUUAGGAGACUGUUGGUUAUACCUGGAACUCAUUUCCCUUGCUCUGGACUAAUUUUCAAAGUUGUGAAAAAAAGCAAGAAAUUCACAGUAAAGGUGCAUUUAUGCAUAAUUGUAGCUCUUAGCCCUAAUUAAACUCUUAUCACCAUAUGAUAAGAGUUUAUGUUUCGUGACUUGAAAAUAGGAUAAGAGAUGCAACUGAUUUUUGCAAAAAACAAAUGCAUGUUUACCACUUUUGCUGAUGCCAAUAAAGACAUAAAGAACUGAA